UUCAACUCAAUCACAGUCAGACGAUUACUUUCAUUUUCAGAAAUACUGCAUAAAAACUUGCUUUACUUCUCAGCAGCAGCAUAACUCUAGUUUGGAGCUGUGUUGUAAAAACAACAACAACAUUUUUAUAUUAAAGUUAAAAGUUUGAAGAGAGGUUUUGGAAGAUGACACAAAGCCCAGAGGUAGCUGUCCCGGCUGAAGAAGUCACAGCCAGAAAUGAUAAUAGCAACCAAAGAGCUGAAAAACGAAAGAACCAAGAUUUCUUAUUUGGUUGCCGGGAUCUGUUGCAUGGUAAGCUUGGCCUUCUUCAGAUGGAGGGUACUAAGAACAUGAAGCUAAAGUGUUCUGUCAUACUAAAUGUAAUAUUUGCAAUAUGUUUAAUUGUUUAUAUUCCAAUUAGUUUAACACAUAAAAAAUCUCAGUAUUUUUGCCCAAAUGAUUGGAUUGGUUUCCGAGACAAAUGUUAUUAUUUCUCUAAAGAAGAAAGGGAUUGGGAUUCAAGUAAAUACAAUUGUUCCACACAACAGGCUGACCUAACUGUGAUUGACAACAUUGAAGAAAUGCACUUUCUUAAGCACUACAAAUGCACUUCUGAUCACUGGAUUGGGCUGGAGAUGAGAGAAAAUCAAAGAAAAUGGGUAAAUGGAACCACAUUUAACAACUGGUUUCAUGUGAGAGGGAAUGAAACAUGUGCUUACCUCAAUGAUGAUGGUGUGGCAACAGCUAGAUGCUAUGCAGAAAGAAAAUGGAUUUGCAGGAAAUAAAUGCACUAAGUAUGAAGGCAAGGAUUAUGGCCUGGAGGCUUUUAUGAAGACGUGAUUGGAAGAUGUGUUGUUUACAUUUGUGCUAUAAAAUUUUGAAUGAUAAAUUUAAUGUGUCUAGAAAAUUAAUUAUUGUUUACAUUUUUCUGCAUAUUUUAGAUUAGAUUGUUGUUGUUUUUUUUUUGGUCAUCCGUAAAACCCAGUAGCAACCUUUGAGAGAGUUACUGGAAAAGAAUAUUGAUGGACAGCAUGAUGUAAUGAAUGAUGUAAUCAGAAUUGAGCAAAUGGUGAUAGGGAACUGCAAACUCAAGAAGAUCCACGUUGUUUCAAUAAAAACAAAUUCCUAAGA